CCAGAUCCCACCCCACCCGGCAGACCCCACCCCCUGCUCCUUCCUCCCGGGGCGCGCUCUCGGGUGCGCGCUCGGAAGUCGGGGGUCGGCGCACAGUGCGAGCUGCACACCGGGAGGCAGCGGAGGCAGCGCGCGGUCUUCGCCUCGGACGCCCACCCAUCGGCUCCGCGCCCGGUUCUCGGCCGCCAGUCCGGUCCACAGCCCGGCCUCGACCCGCAGCGGAGGAAGAGAGAGCAGCGCGGCCACCCCCAGCCUUUUCGCCGAGGGCCCGAGCGUGGUGGGAUGACGGGCGGCGGGCGGGCCGAGCUGGCCCUGCGGCCCCGGGGGCGGCUGUGGCCGCUGCUGGCUGUGCUGGCGGCUGCGGCGGGCUGUGUCCGGGCGGCCAUGGACGAGUGCGCGGAUGAGGGCGGCCGGCCGCAGCGCUGCAUGCCGGAGUUUGUGAAUGCCGCCUUCAACGUGACCGUGGUGGCUACCAACACGUGUGGGACUCCGCCCGAGGAGUACUGCGUGCAGACUGGGGUGACCGGAGUCACCAAGUCCUGUCACCUGUGCGACGCCGGCCAGCUCCACCUGCAGCACGGGGCAGCCUUCCUGACCGACUACAACAACCAGGCCGACACCACCUGGUGGCAAAGCCAGACCAUGCUGGCCGGGGUGCAGUACCCCAACUCCAUCAACCUCACGCUGCACCUGGGAAAGGCUUUUGACAUCACCUACGUGCGCCUCAAGUUCCACACCAGCCGCCCAGAGAGCUUCGCCGUCUAUAAGCGCACUCGGGAGGAUGGACCCUGGAUUCCUUACCAGUACUACAGUGGCUCCUGUGAGAAUACCUACUCAAAGGCCAACCGAGGCUUCAUCAGGACAGGAGGGGACGAGCAGCAGGCUUUGUGUACUGACGAGUUCAGUGACAUUUCCCCCCUCACCGGGGGCAACGUGGCCUUUUCCACCCUGGAAGGAAGGCCAAGUGCUUACAACUUUGACAACAGCCCCGUGCUGCAGGAGUGGGUAACUGCUACUGACAUCAGAGUAACACUCAAUCGCCUAAACACUUUUGGAGAUGAAGUGUUUAACGACCCCAAAGUUCUCAAGUCCUAUUAUUAUGCAAUCUCAGACUUCGCUGUGGGCGGCAGGUGUAAGUGUAAUGGACAUGCCAGUGAGUGUGUAAAGAAUGAAUUUGACAAGCUGGUGUGCAAUUGCAAACACAACACCUAUGGAGUGGACUGUGAAAAGUGCCUGCCUUUCUUCAAUGACCGGCCGUGGAGGAGGGCCACGGCCGAGAGCGCCAGCGAAUGCCUACCCUGUGACUGCAAUGGCCGAUCCCAGGAAUGCUACUUUGACCCUGAACUAUACCGUUCAACUGGACAUGGUGGCCACUGUACCAACUGCCGGGAUAAUACAGACGGUGCCAAGUGUGAGAGGUGCCGAGAAAACUUCUUCCGCCUUGGGAACACUGAAGCCUGCUCUCCAUGCCACUGCAGUCCUGUUGGUUCUCUCAGCACACAGUGUGACAGUUACGGCAGAUGCAGCUGUAAGCCGGGAGUGAUGGGCGACAAGUGUGACCGUUGCCAGCCUGGAUUCCAUUCCCUCACUGAGGCAGGAUGCAGGCCAUGCUCCUGUAAUCCUUCCGGCAGCACGGAUGAGUGUAACGUUGAAACAGGAAGAUGUGUUUGCAAAGACAAUGUUGAAGGCUUCAGCUGUGAGAGAUGCAAGCCUGGAUUUUUUAAUCUGGAAUCCUCUAAUCCUAAGGGUUGCACACCCUGCUUCUGCUUUGGGCAUUCUUCUGUGUGCACAAAUGCUGUUGGCUACAGUGUUUAUGACAUCUCCUCCACCUUUCAGAUCGAUGAGGAUGGGUGGCGUGUGGAACAGAGGGAUGGCUCGGAGGCGUCUCUUGAGUGGUCCUCAGACAGACAGGAUAUUGCUGUGAUCUCGGACAGUUACUUUCCUAGGUAUUUCAUCGCCCCUGCGAAGUUCCUGGGCAACCAGCUUCUGAGUUACGGACAGAACCUCUCCUUCUCCUUCCGAGUGGACAGACGGGACACUCGCCUCUCUGCAGAAGAUCUCGUGCUUGAGGGAGCUGGCUUGAGAGUGUCCGUGCCCUUGAUUGCUCAGGGCAAUUCCUACCCUAGCGAGACCACUGUGAAGUACAUCUUCAGGCUCCAUGAAGCCACAGAUUACCCUUGGAGGCCCACUCUUUCCCCCUUUGAAUUUCAGAAGCUCCUAAACAACUUGACCUCUAUCAAGAUCCGUGGCACCUACAGUGAGAGGAGCGCCGGAUAUUUGGAUGAUGUCACCUUGGCAAGUGCUCGUCCUGGGCCUGGAGUUCCUGCGACUUGGGUGGAGUCCUGCACCUGCCCAGUGGGGUACGGAGGGCAGUUCUGUGAGAUGUGCGUCUCGGGCUACAGAAGAGAAACUCCGAGUCUUGGACCUUACAGUCCGUGUGUGCUCUGUACCUGCAAUGGACACAGUGAGACCUGCGACCCCGAGACAGGUGUCUGUGCCUGCAGAGACAAUACCGACGGCCCCCACUGUGAGAAGUGUGGCGACGGGUACUAUGGAGAUUCCACCCUGGGCACCUCCUCUGACUGCCAGCCUUGUCCCUGUCCUGGUGGCUCAAGUUGUGCCAUUGUCCCCAAGACAAAGGAAGUGGUGUGCACUCACUGUCCGACUGGCACCGCUGGCAAGCGGUGUGAGCUCUGCGAUGACGGCUACUUUGGAGACCCUCUGGGCAGCAAUGGGCCCGUGCGACUGUGCCGCCCAUGCCAGUGUAACGACAACAUAGACCUCAACGCGGUUGGCAACUGCGACCGCCUGACGGGGGAGUGUCUCAAGUGCAUCUACAACACGGCCGGCUUUUACUGCGACCGCUGCAGAGAAGGCUUUUUCGGCAAUCCCCUGGCUCCCAACCCGACAGACAAGUGCAAAGCCUGCGCCUGCAAUCCCUACGGCACAGCGCAGCAGCAGAGCAACUGCAACCCCGUGACCGGGCAGUGCGAGUGUCUGCCUCACGUGUCGGGCCGGGACUGUGGUGCUUGCGACCCUGGCUUCUACAACCUGCACAGUGGCCAAGGCUGUGAGAGGUGUGACUGCCACGCUUUGGGUUCCACCAAUGGGCAGUGUGACAUCCGCACUGGUCAGUGUGAAUGCCAGCCUGGCAUCACUGGUCAGCACUGUGAGCGCUGUGAGACCAACCACUUCGGAUUUGGACCCGAAGGCUGCAAACCUUGUGACUGUCAUCACGAAGGCUCCCUUUCGCUCCAGUGUAAAGACGAUGGCCGCUGUGAAUGCAGGGAAGGCUUUGUGGGGGAUCGCUGUGACCGGUGUGAGGAAAACUAUUUCUACAACCGGUCCUGGCCUGGCUGCCAGGAGUGCCCAGCCUGUUACCGGCUGGUGAAGGAUAAGGUUGCUGAGCACCGAGUGAAACUCCAGGAGUUAGAGAGCCUCAUAGCAAACCUCGGCACUGGGGAUGAGAUGGUGACGGACCAAGCCUUUGAGGAUAGACUGAAGGAGGCAGAGAGAGAGGUUACCGACCUCCUUCGUGAGGCUCAGGAUGUCAAAGAUGUAGAUCAAAAUUUGAUGGAUCGCCUUCAGAGAGUGAAUAGCAGUCUGCAUAGCCAAAUUAGCCGACUGCAGAAUAUCCGGAAUACUAUAGAAGAGACCGGGAUCUUGGCUGAACAGGCACGGACCCGAGUGGAGAGCACAGAGCAGCUCAUUGAGAUUGCCUCCAGGGAGCUUGAGAAAGCAAAAAUGGCUGCUGCCAAUGUGUCGAUCACUCAGCCAGAGUCUGCAGGGGAACCGAACAACAUGACCCUCUUGGCCGAAGAGGCCCGAAGGCUGGCAGAGCGCCAUAAGCAGGAAGCUGAUGACAUUGUCCGAGUGGCAAAGACAGCCAAUGAGACGUCGACCGAGGCCUAUAACCUGCUCCUGAGGACCCUGGAAGGAGAGAAUCAAACCACAUUGGAGAUCGAAGAGCUCAACAGGAAGUAUGAACAAGCAAAGAACAUCUCUGAGGACCUGGAGAAGCAGGCUGCCCGAGUCCAUGAGGAAGCCAAGAGGGCAGGUGACAGAGCUGUGGAGAUCUACGCCAGUGUGGCCCAGCUGACCCCUGUGGACUCCGAGGCGCUGGAGAAUGAAGCAAAUAAAAUCAAGAAAGAAGCUGCGGAUCUGGACCGUCUAAUUGACCAGAAGCUAAAGGAUUAUGAGGACCUUAGGGAAGAUAUGAGGGGGAAGGAACAGGAAGUAAAGAACCUUCUAGAGAAAGGAAAAGCUGAACAGCAGACAGCCGACCAACUCCUAGCUCGAGCUGACGCUGCCAAGGCUCUUGCUGAAGAAGCUGCUAAAAAGGGACGCAAUACCUUACAAGAGGCCAAUGACAUUCUCAACAACCUCAAAGAUUUUGAUAGACGCGUGAAUGAUAACAAGACAGCUGCAGAGGAGGCUCUGCGGAGGAUCCCCGCCAUCAACCGGACCAUAGCUGAGGCCAACGAGAAGACAAGGGAGGCACAGCUGGCUCUGGGCAAUGCUGCAGCCGACGCCACCGAGGCCAAAAACAAAGCCCACGAGGCGGAGAGGAUCGCCAGCGCUGUGCAGAAGAAUGCCACCAGCACCAAGGCCGACGCCGAAAGAACCUUUGCCGAAGUUACAGAUCUGGAUAACGAGGUGAACACUAUGUUGAGGCAGCUAGAGGAAGCAGAGAACGAGCUGAAGAGGAAACAAGACGAUGCCGACCAGGACAUGAUGAUGGCGGGGAUGGCUUCACAGGCUGCUCAGGAAGCUGAGCUCAAUGCCAGAAAAGCCAAGAACUCUGUGAGCAGCCUCCUCAGCCAGCUGACUGACCUCUUGGAGCAGCUGGGACAGCUGGACACAGUAGACCUCAACAAGCUCAAUGAGAUCGAAGGCACCCUGAGCAAAGCCAAAGAGGAGAUGAAGGCCAGCGACCUGGACAGGAAGGUGUCUGACCUGGAGAAGGAAGCCCGGAAGCAGGAGGCGGCCAUCAUGGACUAUAACCGAGACAUAGAAGAGAUCAUAAAGGACAUUCACAACCUGGAGGACAUCAAGAAGACCCUACCAUCCGGCUGCUUCAACACCCCGUCCAUUGAGAAGCCCUAGUGACGGGAGGGCUGCCAGGCAGGGCCCCCCGAGAGGGGAGCCCUGUGUGGCCACAGUGCCUUGACACAAAGAUUACACUUUUCAGACCCCCCACUUCUCUGCUGCUCUCCAUCACUGUCCUUUUGAACCAAGAAAAGUCAGAGUUUAAAGAGAAGCAAGUUCAACAUCCUGAACCAGGAACAAAGGAUUUUGCCUAAUAAAGUCUCUCUUCCACUCAUGUUAACACCUUACCCAAGCUUUCCCUCGUUUGCCUGAGGUCACGGCAUCCUCCAGUGGCAUACCCACGUCAUGUGAACCUUUUUAUGCCAGGGCAGACCCCCGCCCCCUUCUCAACACCAGCGGAACCUAUCUCAGUUCUCAUAUUUCUAUGAAGGAAACGUUUGCCUCCUCACUGUAGCAUAGAGAUGGCCAGUAUGUCCCAUCUAUGGGUAAAGAAAAUGCCUCUGCAUCUUCAGCCUCCUCUUUUAAACAAUAGGAAAUAAACAUCCUGUGCCAAAGGUAUUGGUCAUUUAGAAUGCUGGUAGCCAUCCAUCAGCCAUGCUAGCUGUUUGAGUACAGGACCCUGAGCCAUCAUGGGUAAGAGUGCAGUUCUGUACGGGUCUCCCAGAGAAUAUGGCUCAAAGACACUUAGGAUUUUCUCCUAUAUUAGUUGACCAGGAAGAUACACUUUUUUCAAAUCCUUAGGCAGCUGAUAAAAAGUCUGGAUGGGCAGCUUGCACUCACCACUACGUAGAUAGCUUUUGAUAUUUUUAUAAAUGAGACAGUGCAGAAGGAACAGGGAUGUGAUAACCACCAAAGUUGUUGUGUUUUUUUUUCCGAGUCUAACUAAUUCUUCGAGCUUUGUUAGUGUGUUAGUCUUGGAACUAGUGGUAAGAUACCCGUCAGACGGUUGGUCUCUAAGAUCCUGACCACUGAAAGAAAAGCAAAUCUCUCUUUCCCCGUAUUUUCUGGAAAAUGGAUGACACUGAGAUGUAUCGUUGGAUUCCAUGUGUACAUUUCUUUUUCUCUGUUGGAGAGAGAUGUAAUAUUUGGCCCUUAGCGCGAAUUCUCUAAAUGUUUCCAUUUUUCUAAAACUCUUCAAAAGACGACGUUGUUUCCAGAUCCCGGUGGCAAUGCUGAGGCUCCGUUCUUCAUUCACACAGCCGCCAGCACCAGCUAGUUCCUGCGCUCCGUGCCUCCGCCCACUCUCAGCCUGCCCUCGGUGUGGAGCGGGAAGAACCUUGUGCGGAAAGGCAUUUCCUCUUAGGCUUCUCAACCUCUGAUCCUCAGCUCUGUGGUUUUCUUACGGCCAGACUGUGACAGUUCCCGGCCACGCCCCCGUCCUCCUCCCUCCCUGCCUCUGAGAUUCAUAUAUAGCCUUUAACACUAUGCAAUUUUGUACUUUGCGUAGCGGGGGGAAAGAAAUUAUUAUCUGACACACUGGUGCUAUUAAUUAUUUGAAAUUUAUAUUUUUUGUGUGAAUGGUUUUUGUGUAUCGUGAUCAUAGAGUAAGGAGUUUAUGUAAAUGUUCCCAGUCCUGCUAGGGUGGCGCUGUCAGUUCACCUCGUUGCUCGGUUUUCCCUUGCUAGCACAGGCAGCCCGUGCACCCCCUUCCUUCCCACCAUCUUCCGAGUCAUGCCCCUGCCCCAGCGUCUUGCUCCGCCUCGUGUUUGCAGCGCCUUCCUUCGUUGUCUGGCCGGGAUCUCAGCCUGCUCACCUCCACAGCCAGACCCAAGGGGGCACUCCGGCCUCUCCGCUGCGGCCCUGAUCAUCUGAGCGGCCGCCCCCGACAGUCACCGGGCCGACAGGGUAAAGUAGGUAGGACAGUUCACUGAUGGGACUCUCCCACACCGUGGUGGAAACGUGUCUCCUGGCCGUUCUUGAACGGGAUGGGUCAGUUUUGUAAGGGGAUGACUGAGCACUUGAGGGUGCCAGGCUCGGCUACUGGUGACCGCGGGAGGAGACGCUGAGUGCAGUCUGUCUCCAUCUCUGGUGGGCGAACGGAGACCCGCACCCCUGAGGGUCCACUCUUGCCCCUCCCAGGUCUUUUCUGCUCCUGCAGAGGCAUGGCUCUUCCUCCCCACGUUCAGUGCUGAUUGGCUAGUUCCUCUAGUGCAGUGCUCGCCACCUUAACAUACGCGUUUGGUCACAGUUGCAGGAAAAUGUCUGGAACAGACCAGCAUCAUCCAUUGCGUCGGCUACGCUCCAGCAGGUCUUAGGCCCUGGUAGGGGGGGUGUUGUGUUGGGUUUAUUUGUCCUCUCCAUCUGUGUGGUAUAUUUUUAAACAGAAAUUUAUUUUUAAAAAUGGAAGUUAUUUACAAGAUAAUACCUAUCACAGUCCUGCAGCACAGCCAUUGUUUUAUUGUAUAGUUCCGUAAUCUGUAUUUUAUGUAAUAAAAUGGACAGGAUGGCUGCUGUAAAGUGCGGGGUGUCACACAGAAUAGAUGUUUUACCCCCCCCACCCCACCCCCCCGUGGAAUUUUCCUUUGGAUCCCAACUGUGGCCCUUAUACAUGUGCCUUCACUCUAGCUGCCUUAAUCCCCACAGCCUUCCUCUCUGGGGAGGUUAGCAAAGCGCAACACUUGGCAUUUUUUUAUGUUUAAAAAGAAAACAGUAUUUUAUUUAUAAUAAAAUCUGAAUAUUUGUAACCCUUUA